GGUCAACCCACGUGUUGUGUUUUUAUUUGGAAAAAAGGAGUUGCCCUUUAUGUCAGUUGAAGUCACAAAGUCUCCUCUAGACGAGAAAGAGUACAGGUGCCUGUCAUUGCCCAAUGGACUGAAAGUGUUAUUAAUAUCAGAAUAUAAUUUAGCUCAUCAAUCCGACGACGAGUUUGAUUCUGGUUCCGAGUCUGGAGAUUCCGAAUCCUCAAAUUACGAGAAUGGAAUCUCCAAAGGACUCAGUUCAGGGACUGGUUGCACUAGUAGGAAGAGAAGGAAGACAGAGAGUGGAUCAACUGAUGAUGACCAGUUUAUGAGAAAAGACAGAGGAACUAGUAGUAGGAAAGGAAAUAAGCAGCUAUUUAAUGCUGCUUGUGGUUUAUGUGUUAGAGUCGGUUCAUUUCAUGAUCCUAAAGAACUCCCCGGCCUUGCACACCUACUGGAGCACAUGCUAUUUAUGGGUAGUCAGAAGUAUCCCGGGGAAAACGAGUUUGACUCAUUUGUCAGUUCUCACGGAGGCAACUCUAAUGCCUGCACUGGAUACGAACUGACUUAUUACUGCUUUGAAGUUAAUAAGAAAUAUUUUCAAGAAGCACUUGACAAGUUUGCACAUUUCUUCAUAUCUCCACUGAUAAUGGAGUCAAGCUUAGAGAGAGAGAUAGAAGCUGUUGAUAAUGAAUUCAAGGAUUCCUUACAAAGUGAUAAUAAUCGUCUUCAACAGUUAUUCUCCUCAUUAGCUCGUCCUGAUCACCCACUAAGGAACUUCCCCUGGGGUAACAGUGAGACUCUUAAGGUGAGGCCUAGUGAGAGUGGGGUUGAUGUGGUCAAGUAUUUGAGGGAGUUUUAUGAGAAGUAUUACUCAGCCAGCUACAUGACAUUAACACUAGUAUCUGAAGAUUCAUUAGAUGUUCUAGAGGAGUGGGUAAAAGACUCUUUCUCUGGAAUACCCACAAAUAACAAGCCAUUCCCCUCCAUUUCUCAUUGUCAGCCAGUAUUUGAUGAAGAUGUCUUCCAUAAACUAUACAAAGUUGUUCCUGUUAAAGAUUCUUAUAAAUUAUCAUUAACAUGGCUACUCCCACCAACCCUCUCUCAUUACAGAGAGAAACCAGUUGAGUAUAUCUCAAUGUUGGUUGGUCAUGAAGGAUACGGUAGCAUUCUAUCACUUUUAAAGAAAAGGAACCUUGCUACAGAUCUUGAGGCUGGUACCACUGGGGAAGACUCUGAGACUAAUUCAUGUUUCAGUUUGUUCACAUGUACCGUCACUCUCACCGAAUUUGGUAUCAAUAAUGUUUUCGAGGUUUUGUCUGUUAUAUUUCAGUAUUUAAAGUUAUUGCAGAUUGAAGGGCCACAGAAGAGGCUGUUUGAUGAGAUUCGGUUAAUAGAAGAAAACGAUUUUAAAUUUGACGAAGAAGAAGAUAGUUAUGAUUUAGUUGAAAGAUUAUGCCAGUCAAUGCAGUUCUACGAACCAGAGGAUUAUCUAACUGGAGACAGUCUUUACUUCAACUAUGAACCUCAAUUGAUAUCUUCAUUACUAAACUCCCUCUCUCCCUCCAAUUCCUUCAUUUGUUUAAUUUCAAAAACACUCAAAGAUGAGUGUCACAACACUGCCCCUUGGUUCAACACUAAAUACAGUAAAGAAGUUGUCAGUUUAGAAUGGGAAAGGAGCUGGAAAAAUUUGUCUCUUAAUCCUGAGCUACAUUUGCCACAACCAAACAAGUUUAUCGCUUCCAAGUUUGAGCUAUUAGCUGAAGAUGUACCACAGACAAAAUAUCCAGUAAUUAUCAAGGAAACUCCUCAUUAUAAAAUCUGGUACAAGAAGGAUGAUGUUUUUGAUCUCCCUAAAGCAUCAAUUUGUGUCUCGUUUGUUACUCCGAAUGAAUUUCAGUUGGCACCAGAAAUUACAGUUUUAAUGGAUUUAUUCACUCAGUUGUUCAACACUGGCAUAAUGGAGCAAGGAUAUGAAGCUAUUGCAGCUGGAUAUGAAUAUUCAUUAACUAUAUCAUACACUGGACUAUCAUUAUCUAUGUAUGGAUUUAACCACAAGCUGCCGGAUUUAUUUAAAAUGUUGAUUAAUUUUAUGUCGAGUUUUGAACCCCCUGAAGGACAUUUUAAUACAGCAAAAGAGCAGCUCAAUCAAUCUUAUUCCAAUUUAUUACUGAAAUCAACUAAACACAGCAAAUUUCUACGAUUAUAUUUACUUGAAAAGAAUCACAUUCCUAUUACUGGUCGAAUUGAAAUAUUAUCAAAAUUAAACCUUGAUGAUUAUAAUGUUUUUGUGAAGACUCUUCGUGGAGAGUUUUUCGUUGAAGCACUAGUUCAGGGUAACAUCACUGCCACCGAGUCGGUCCAACUAAUGGAGUUCCUGUGUAGUGUUUGGAAUUUUAAGCCAUUGACCACUGAAAGAGUAAAGCCGAAGUGUCUAAGGCUACCAAGCAAUACUGAUGUAAAUCUAAUUACUGCUAAUAAUGACAGGGACUCACUCAGCACUGUACUAACUGAUUACUAUCAGUUGUCAAUAGCUGAACCAAGGGAAGAAGUACUGGCUGAACUUAUUGCAGACUGCAUGAAUGAGCCUUGCUUUGAUGAACUGAGAACUAAAAAGCAAUUAGGUUACACAGUAUAUGUAUCAGAUCAUAACACCCACAAAGUGAGCGGCCUAUCAAUAACAGUCAUGACACAGGCAACAAAGACUAAUGAUGAUUAUGCUUGCCAAUGUAUGAAGGAGUUUGUGUCAAAGUUUGUUGACGAUUUGGAAUCGUGGAGUGGAGAGAAAUUCCAAUCACAUGUUGAUGCUCUUAUAGACAUGAAAGAAGAAGAUGAUGACUGUCUUGACGACGAAGUUGAUCGGAACUGGUCCGAGAUACUAACCCAGUCAUACCAGUUUGACCGGUUAGAGAAACACGUAAAGAUACUCCAGACUAUAACAAAGACAAAGGCUUGUCGCUGGUUGAAGAGAUACCUUCAAUCAGGAGGAGAGAACUACAGGAAACUAAGUGUGAAGGUAUUGAGUCAAAAGGGUCAUGCUCCCCCAUCUCGACUCCCUACUCUCAAUACUGAAGCAAUAGCCCCCACUACUGCCAAUAGUACAGCAUCAUCUACUACCAGUAGUACAACACAAGAAUACACUGAUAGCAUCACCACUACCUUGCAUAGCAGUACAUCUACUUCAACAAGGAAUAUUGAUGAUCGAAAUAUUAGAGAUUCUUUAUCUCCAUCUCUACCAAUAGAAGCUAGGAAUGAUGAAGAAACAAGCUCUUUUAUAGCUAAGAAUGCAGUAGGAGCAGUACUGGGUAGUCUGGAGAAUUUACCAGAGACAGUUCCUGGUAGUCAUAAUAAAGGAAUUGAGCCUUGUUUUAAGGAUAAAGGGGCUACUGGAUGUAUAUGUAUUAGUGAAAAGGACGUGCUUCAUUUUAAGAGAGGAUUAAAGGAGUAUCCUAGAGGGCCUUCGCCUCAAAAUGCCAGCAAGAAAUAAGCUGUUUUAUAUAUUAAUUUAAUACUUAGUUGAUAGAUAUAUUUAUAAAUGCAAUUUGCACUUUUAUCAUUAUUUUUGACUUAUAAUUGCAGCCAA